GUGUGUGAAUUUACAGUUAAAGUGUGAAAAGUUGUGCUGAAGCGCUGAAUGCAAGCGUGUGGAGCGGCGAGCAGCGUAAUUGGGGCAGCAGCAGCAGCAUUAACGGCAGCCAGGAAUUCGCGACACUAGUGGUGCCACAUAGAUGAUAUGUUAAACGCUAGUAACCAUCUACAGCGCCUAUGUCUACAAGAUGAACUACUGUUAACGGUAACAUACAAAUGCAGCAACAAUAUUUUAUUAUCACACGCAGGCGGCACAUUGAAACUGCAUAUCGCGACGGGAGCGUACAACAAUAACAACUGAAAGGUUUGCAAUACAACCAACAACAAUAAAAACGAAACACAAAAUCAAAUCACAAAUCCCUAUAUUACAACAUUACAACAACACACACUAGAAGCAAUUUAACAUAAAUAUCAUAUAUAUAUUAACUGUAGUUAAAGUGGCCUACACUCUAAAAUAUUUCUACUUAAGAUCACAUUGACACACACACGCACACACACAUAAACAUAAAAUACAUACCAACGUAACACACGUAAAUAUAUACGGUUUUUAUGAGGCACCAACAGACACGCACCUAUCAAAGCUCCCAAAUGAAAUUUAUACCUAAAAAUAUGCACUACUCGCAUGCAGCUAUGAAUCUGAUAAAUAUGGAUUCGGAAAAUCGGGUCGUGCUGAAUGUGGGCGGCAUUCGGCACGAAACGUAUAAGGCUACAUUGAAGAAAAUACCCGCCACUAGAUUGUCACGCCUCACCGAGGCGUUAGCCAACUAUGAUCCCAUAUUGAAUGAGUAUUUCUUCGAUCGGCAUCCGGGAGUCUUUGCUCAAGUACUUAACUACUACAGAACCGGCAAGCUGCAUUAUCCUACAGAUGUUUGUGGGCCACUGUUCGAGGAGGAGCUCGAGUUCUGGGGCUUAGAUUCGAAUCAAGUCGAACCAUGCUGUUGGAUGACAUACACGCAGCACAGAGACACCCAAGAGACAUUAGCGGUAUUAGAUCGUCUGGAUUUAGAUACAGAAAAACCGUCCGAAGAGGAAUUGGCGCGCAAAUUCGGUUUCGAAGAAGACUACUACAAGGGCACAUUAUCGUGGUGGCAAGAAAUGAAGCCGCGCAUCUGGUCGCUCUUCGACGAGCCAUACAGUUCGAAUGCGGCCAAGACAAUCGGCGUAGUUUCGGUAUUCUUCAUUUGUGUAUCCAUAUUAUCAUUCUGCCUAAAAACACAUCCAGAUAUGCGCGUGCCAUACCUCGUUAAUACAUCGGUGAAUACAUCCAGCGGUAAUAUGGCUUGGUAUAUCGAUAAACCACAAACAAAUGCACAUAUAGCUUUCUUUUAUAUCGAGUGUGUUUGUAAUGCCUGGUUCACGUUCGAAAUACUGGUUAGAUUCAUAUCCUCGCCAAAUAAAUGUGAAUUCAUAAAGUCAUCUGUUAACAUCAUAGAUUAUAUAGCAACGCUUAGUUUUUAUAUCGAUCUUGUGCUUCAACGGUUCGCCUCUCAUUUAGAGAACGCCGAUAUUUUAGAAUUCUUCUCAAUUAUACGUAUUAUGCGUCUAUUUAAAUUGACGCGUCAUUCGUCCGGCCUUAAAAUUCUAAUACAAACGUUUCGUGCAUCGGCAAAAGAGCUCACGCUGCUGGUGUUUUUCCUCGUAUUGGGCAUUGUGAUUUUCGCAAGCCUAGUUUACUAUGCGGAACGUAUACAACCGAAUCCGCAUAAUGAUUUUAAUAGUAUCCCGUUGGGUCUAUGGUGGGCACUGGUCACGAUGACCACCGUCGGUUAUGGUGAUAUGGUGCCGAAGACCUAUAUUGGCAUGUUUGUGGGCGCAUUGUGUGCGCUUGCCGGUGUGCUAACGAUCGCACUGCCCGUACCCGUCAUUGUGAGCAACUUUGCCAUGUACUACUCGCAUACGCAAGCACGAGCCAAACUGCCGAAGAAACGGAGAAGAGUGCUUCCUGUUGAACAGCCCCGUCCACCAAGGUUGCCAGGUCAAACGGGUGGCGUAAGCGGUUGCGGUACACCCGGUUCCGGUCCACACUCCGGACCAAUGGGAUCUGGCGGCACCGGUCCGCGGCGUAUGAAUAACAAAGCCAAAGAUUUGGUCAGUCCGAAGUCAGGUCCUAUCGGCGCCAGCAUUGUGGCGAUGAGUCCGCGCACUAUGUUGGACUUGAAUCCGGCAUUGGCGAUGGGAAAACCGACAUUCGAAUCAAAAGGUCCACCAAUCACCAGCAAGGAUAUCAAGGAUACGGCAAGCAUACGCAAUCCGCUGGAUGGCGGUGGCAAGAAGAACUUUUUAUAGAUGUAGUAUUUGUAUAAAAAGUAGUGCAGAAGUUAAUGAAAACAAAAAACAAACAGAUAAUUGAAAAAAAAGUAAAUAAAAAAUAUUAUGAAAAUUUAUAGUCGAAAGUCAAGUGAAGAUACGAAACUGUUUGAGAGGCGCAAAAAGGUAG